AUGUCAAGUGAAUGUAAAGACGAAUCAUCCCCUAAGCAGGGAAACAAACAUGAAAGAUUUGUUUAUAAGAAUUUGGGAAAAUCAGGACUCAAAGUAUCAAAUAUAUGUCUUGGAGGAUUCACAUUUGGAGAGAGCCAAUUUGCUUUGCCUGGCCAAUCAGAUGAGAAACUCUCACAUGAAAUCAUGGAUAUAUUUGUUGAGCAUGGAGGAAAUUUCUUUGAUACUGCCAAUGUUUAUGGCAAUGGAAAUUCUGAGAAAAUCAUUGGUACUUGGUUAUCAAAAAGAGAUCGUGAACAGUUUGUGAUUGCAACCAAAUGUCGAUUCUCAAAAACUGUACUUGAACCAAAGUUCCCUAACUGUUGGGGAUUGAGCCGUAAACAUAUUUUCCAAGCUGUGGAAAACAGUCUCAGUAAUCUACAAAGUCAUUACAUCGAUUUGUAUCAGAUGCAUUGUUGGGAUUCCACUGUUCCCAUAGAAGAGACCUUGAUGGCAUUCAACGACCUCGUCCGCUCUGGCAAAAUCCUGUACUUUGGUGUCAGCAACAUGAAAGGAUGGAUGCUACAGAAAAUUGUAGAUACUUGCAAGUACAUGGGGCUUAGUCCUGUGCUCAGCCUUCAGCAACAAUAUAAUCUGCUAUGCAGAGAAUCAGAGUUGGAGGCUUUUGAGGUUUGCGAAAAAGAAAAUAUUGGUGUACUACCAUGGGGUGCCCUAAAAUCAGGUUUGCUGACAGGAAAAUUCAAAACAGGAAUGGCUCCAGCCCAAAACACACGUAUAAGAUAUCUCCAAGAUGCAAAACCAUUUGGAGAAAUAGGGGAUACUUGGGAAGCAUAUGACAAAAAUGAAAAAUAUUGGAAACUUAUGGAAGAACUUGAUUUGAUUGCAAAGGCCCAUGAUAAAACUGUUACCCAAGUCACACUGAGAUGGUUAUUACAAAAAGACAUUGUGACUUCAGUAAUUAUUGGUGCCAAACGUAUUGAUCAGCUGAAAGAGAAUAUUGGUGCUGCCUAUGGAUGGGAACUCUCUAGUGAAGAGAUGGGCAGGCUGGAUGCUGUAUCUCAAUAUGACACCAUCAAAUACCCUUAUAGAUUUAUUGAUAUGUUGAAUUCUAAAUAG